AUGUAUGGUUAUGUUAUGACCUAUGUUGAUGAGGAAAGUCCAAANACGGUGUUAAAGAUUGAUCCACAAAACCCCGGAACAGAGAUUGCAGCUGAAACUGCUGCUGCACUGGCUGCUUCUUCCGUUGUCUUUAGGACUAUUGACCGUCGCUAUUCCCAUCAACUCCUCAACAUAGCCAAGCUGCUGUUUCAAUUUGCUAAUACACAUAAAGGAACUUACGAUGGAGAAUGCCCCUUCUAUUGCUCUUAUUCUGGCUAUAAUGAUGAGUUGUUGUGGGCUUCAACAUGGUUGUACUUUGCCACCAAGAAUUCUAAGUAUAUUCAAUACAUUAGAGAAGACGCCAUCAGCGCUAGUGUAGCCGAGUUUAGCUGGGAUCUUAAAUAUUCUGGAGCCCAAAUUUUGCUCUCUGAGUUCUUCUUUCAAGGAGACAAGACAUUGGCAACCUACAAGAAUCAAGCUGACAGUUUUAUUUGUUCAAAUCUUCCUAAUAGCCCUUAUCACCAAACUUUCAUCAGUCCAGGUGGCAUGAUUCACUUGAGAGAUGGAGCCAACACUCAAUAUGUUACAGGUGCAGCACUACUGUUUAGCAUAUACAGUGAUACACUUGCCAGACAUAACCAAAAGGUGAAUUGCGGCGAUAAACAAUUCGACUCAAACCACGUCAUGACUUUUGCUAAGCAACAGAUGGAUUACAUUCUAGGGAAAAACCCGGAAGGAAGAUCAUACAUGGUUGGAUUUGGCAAGAACCCACCAACACAGGCACAUCACAGGGGAGCUUCAGUUCCAAAAACAGUAGUAAACUCGGCCGUGAGUUGUUCAAUGAGCUUUACAACUUGGUUCAAUAAAGAUGAGUCAAACCCUAAUGAGCUAACAGGAGCCAUUCUAGGAGGACCAAACCGAUAUGAUAAGUUCACUGAUAAACGUUGGGAUUCAUCAAACACUGAGCCAUGCACUUACGUAAACUCACAGGCAGUUGGUGUCUUGGCUAAACUUGCAUGUCCACCGAAGUCUCUUAAUUAA